GUUUCGAAGAACCAAGAAGCGAGUUAUCCCAGCUCCUUCUCCGCCCAAACGACGACCUCCCAAAGAGAGCAGCCGAAUUCAACAUGUGUUCCAAGCUUCGCUACGACCACCUUAUAGUUGCCAUUACCUAAUUCGUUCAAGUGACGACGACGAUAACGACGAGACUAAACAAUCCGUUGUUCUAUGCUUUUUGUGUGCUGUUACGUGUCUGGGAAGUUAUCACCGAAUUCGUGUUUGUUUGAUGUGUACACCAGCGGUACCAUGUCUUUGACAUCUUUCGAUCUAUCCACCGGUCGACGGCAGACAGGUGACAGCGUUCUAUGUUUAUUUGUCGAUCUUUGUUAAUGCUAGAGCCUGCUGUCGUCAACGGGACCAAGGGGUUGGGUUAAGCUGCCAAAUAUUUUGAAACAAGUAAACGGAGUGGCGUCUGGAAGCAGAACGACACGCGCUGACUGCUGUAUCCUGUGCUCUUCAAUCCGAACCGUUCUCUCUUUCAAUCCCCGUAACCUACUAACAUCGCAUACGUUUGACAAGCAUUACAGCAUUGAUGAAUGACAUAAGACGCCAUUUACACAGUGCAUAAAAUGAAAUCGACUCGUGGGCCCGAUGAUAACCAGUAUAGCCAGCAGCUCCGUUUCGAGGACAGUGAUUUGGUGAUCGAUGAUCGCAUAAACAUUUCACUGAAACAAAAAAAUCGCCAAAAGGAAAAUACAUUCUGCCGAGAAGACGGGCCACAGAUUUCCACCAUUGUAGAAAUCGUAGUAAUAAGUGAAGACAAUGAGCGGAUGUUGCAAUUCGAAUAUUCUGUAGGUUACUACCUUUUGUCCUUCGCUUUAGGCCGAUUAUCUACGGUUUCAGAGCAGUCAGUUGAUCCAGGUCCCAGUGCCCUGUGCGAGUAAAUCAUUCAUCGUCGUCUAUGCUUCUUACGUGUUUAUGUCUUCUGGACUGCUAUUAUUUAGUGACGGACACUACAUACUGCUGGACUAAGGCUGCUAACAGACUAGAGUUUACCCGGAGAAGAGGGCCCAAGUGAGGCGGCGACGCGGCCCGUUUAUGCCUUUUCUGUAGCUUCUAACUUUUGUACGACCUUUCAAAAUCAUCAGUUGUAACGCCCUGGAACUAGCAGAGCCGUAACCAGAGCAAUAACGACAUCAACUUCAAUAACUUUAUGUUUUCAUCAACUCACCACCAGACGAUAUAUGAUUUCAUUCUUCUACAAGGCAUAUUGAUCAUAUUCAUCGAUUCAACUACCUACGGUUACUUUACCCGCAUCCAAUUUCCUUAGCCCAGCCAUUCCGUGAAGGCUUUAGUGAAUAAUGUGUGUAAAAAGAACAUUUAUGUUGAUAAUACUAUAUUAAUCAUAGUAAGCACAGUGUCGUUGUUAGUGGGCUCCUGCAGAUGUUAUCAGUUCACAGCGUAUAAGCCGAAACCUUUGUCCGCGUAUCUACGUCCAUUUUCUACGUAUGAAGCAGCAAAACACAUCGUUAUCAGGAAAAUGGAAAGCUAAAAAAUAUAGUAAAGCUAGUUCACAGCAAUUGUGCCAGUCAGUCGAAACAAAUAAAAAUUCGACCAUUAAGUAAACUCCAUCUAGCGGUCAUCAGUCCCUGUUCAGCCCUUAUGUCGUCUGUCGUCACCCGCCUACGAAUCAGCUUAGCUAAUGCCCAUUUUCUUCCUUCAGUUAAUUUUCGCUGCGAUCUUCAACGAAUUCCACCUGCCCAGAUUGAACUAAUGAUAACCCAUUCGCUCUUCCUCUAGCUCGCGUCGACGGUGCGUCAUACGUAAAGCGACAGUUUAUGCUCCACGGCGCAUUUUCCAGCCAACGAAGAAGAAUCUAGUGUUACUGGAAACGAAUAGGAAAACAAUUACGAAGAGGAAAACGUAAAAAAAGAUCUCCUUGGACUUGUAUAGAAGCGCAUAACAGUAACAAUAAUGAUAAUAAUAUUAUUAUGCUAUGUUACAUAUCGAAUAAUGAAUAAUGUCUAUCUAGCAAGCAACAACAUAUACCAACGUGUGCCGUACUUCGGUGGCGGAGCGUGUCACCCGCGAAGCACAGAUACCUGCAGAAAAGCUAAGGUUCCUGCAAAGAUUUGAGUUUUUUUGUCAGCCGAUUUGUUUGAAGCUGUCAUUAUUUUCUAUCACACUGAGCAAGAUGGCAGCAUCAUCGACCGGCAUUUACCCGAGAAGACCGUUCGAAGGUUGUAAGUCUUUUUGCCCGCUGAUGAGGUUCAUUAUGUCGGUAAUUACCGUUACUAGAUUAUAAGACGUUGGUAGUUGUUUGCUGCCAAUAGAAACAAGACUGUAGUAGCUUGCGUCUUUCGCCGUUGUGCUAGGAACCCUAUCCUUUACAUUGCAAUUGUAAAAAGUUGAUUCAGUACGCCACAUAUAGACAACAUAUUAUCGAAGCAUUUCACCCCGAAAAGUUCAUUCAGACUCCCUAUGUCUGGACGUUGUCGUUCGGUGAAAAAGAAUACAAAACAAUUCAGGCCCAACCGUCGUCCUGUUUGGCGCAUUCGUCCAGCGGCUACAAUGAUAGUGGAUCUGCCGGUGGCCUCGGCCACCGCUUGGGCCCUUUAAUCAGUAAAGCGCGUUCUUGCAGUGGUCUUCAUUCUCCGUUUGGUCCAUCCUCAGCUUUACAGCGCCGCUGCUUCUCGUGUCGAAAUCUCAGCAAAAAGAGCGAAUAGUCGAACGGCGAAGAGUGGAUUAGCCACGACGGAACCGGACCAGGGGCUGUUCAUUGAUACUGAUGCUACAGCUGCCACCGGCUUCGAGUGGCACAAGAGAUGCCCCCGACCACAACGAUGCUGCCAACGAAGACGCCUAUUGCGGCAGCAAUAACAACAAGUUCGAACGGCCGUAUUUGCAUCCGUAUGACGCGACGCAUUGUCAUGUGUAUCAUCAUUAUCUUUUGAAUUUCUUAACCACAUAAAUUUACUGCGGCGCAUGUUGUAGGAGUAGCACUUGGUCACGAUUGGGCCAAGAUUAAGAGUAUCAAUCCAAAUCUGCAUCUGACAAUGCAAACGACGUAGCGUAUUGAUAGCACGACUAAAUUAUUAGUGGUAGACGACCAUUAGUUUCAACGGGAAACUCGAUGGCCAUAAAUGAUUUUAUGUGAUAAUAUGGAGAUAAGGCCGAGGGUGGGAUACAGCAGCUGAUACGAAAGGAAAUAUCAUAGCUAUCGACAAUUAUUUUAAUUAUGCCAAAGAAGAAUAUAUACACACAUAUAUAUAUAUAUAUAUAUAUAUAUAUGGCGCUAAUGGUGACGACAAUGUUAUUAAGCAAAGUGUGUCGCUAAUUACACUAACGUCCUACUGCUCUUAGUAGCAGGUUUGUUGAUUAAAAGAGAAUAGAAAUAAUAAGAGCUAGACAAAAAGUCACUCGAAAUGUCAUCAGUUCAAAGUAAAGAAUAUACACAAUCUCGCGAACUUCUCCGAGGGUGAAAAAUAUAGUCAACGAAAAAAAAAAGGAAAAUAGCUUCGACCUUCAGCGCAAAGCUAGUACGAGCUGUUUGUGGCUGAGUUCAUCGCCAGCUAACCUCACCUUCACCCUGCUCAAGAUUUUCGCAUGUGCUUCCUUCAUGGUGCCUUUUUAGCCAAACCUUAAGGUUAAAAACGAUGGUAACAACAACAAUUCUAAUAGCAGCAACAGUAACCAUCCGCAGCAUCAACACAGAAACACGGCUAAUCGACAAAUACAACGGCGAGCCUAAUAUUAACAUUAUCAAACCAAAGUAGGGUGUACUGUCAACAACAAAAAUCAAUUCUGCUGCCCUUUCGACAGCAGAAACGUCUACGCCCUGUUCGCUCCCACGCGCCAUCAACUUGGGACUAUUUAUAGUAUUGUUUCGGUUGAUUCAAGCACAGAGUCAAUCCACAAGAUGAAUUAACCCUCUGUCAACCAACGGUUGUGUAUCUUUUCCAUCCAGUGCAAUGGGCUAUUGGAUCACGAUGAAGCGUUAGCAUGCAUCCUACUACUACUACUGUCGUCCUAUGCGCAAAUCCUAGUUAACAUCAGAUCAUCUAGAACCACAAUAUAUCGCCCACAACGGCGGUGGUACUGAAAGUAGUCUAACAGGAACCGCAGUAAAUGACAUAACCACCAGGCCACAUCAGCCGAAGCAACAGCCAGCUACUGCGGUCUACCUAACAAUCCGGUUGCCUCCGGUCGUCCCUGAAGUAUUUUCGAUUAGCGAGUGAAAAUCCGGCCGGGGCACCCGCCGUUGGCCAUCAUCGAAUGUGUAUCAUCCUCUACUCUCAAGAAAGGCACCUAUACGCCACCACUCGGUUAAUAUAUAGAAUGGCCGAAUUCCCACAAGCUAGCCGACCCAGCCACUAAUGCCUCUGACUGAUUCAUUCAGGCCAUAAAUCAGCGUUAGCAGGCAGGCAUCAUACUCGAUCAUGUGCGUUGUUAUUCGUCUGUAACAGCAAGCACAGGUCGAUGUCGAGUACUUCAUCAGCACCGUUCUGCUACAUCACCUGUACGCUAACAGUGAGUCACAAUAGAUCAGUCGUAGUGAGGAAAAGCUACACGAUCACCUGUUACUCCCAUCAGACUUCUCGAUUCUGGAAAGCCAGCAACUGCGAAACCUGACUUGAUGUUACAGCACCGCAACGGCUGAAGCAUAGCAGCAGGCAGCCCAUACGCCGCCGUAUCGUUUCCUCCCCACCGACUCGGACCCGCCGUCAGGGUUGUUGUAACGGCAGACAAUUGUAAAAACAACAAAGUUCGAUCGAACAAAUCAAAAGUGUCAAGUAAAACAGAAAUGACUAAACUAAAACAUGAGCUAAACCGAUAAGGCAGCUCCUUGAUAUAUGUACACACUGAGACGACUUUCUGGGCUGACGACAUCGGCAGAAAAACGAAUUUGGAGUCGCCACUGUUCCGUAACCGGGUCAGAUGUGUGAGCAGUUGCCUUGCUUUCUUUAAACGCUUUUCGACGACGACGGCGGCGGCGGCGGCUGCUGCUGCCACCGCCGCUACUUAUUGAAUAGUUCGGACAGUUUAUAGUCCGUUUUGUCGUUAGUGGCAGCAGACGAUGUCGUCGGGUGGAUCAAACCCGCUGUUCGCGACGGUCGGCGAGGCUCGCAACAAUAUGCGCGAUUUACGGACGAUUCAUGAGGAGGUCCGCGAAUCCUACGACCCUUCGCGCGAAUCACAUACCCGCGAGCGUCCAUUGUUGCGUUCGACCGGCAACGCGACAGGCAGCAUCGGUGGCCCACAUCACGCGCCACUGAUUCAUACAUCACGCGGAAGCAGAGGUUCGCGCGAGGAAUCGCGUGAGUAUUCACUGUUUGAUGUGGCCGCACCGUCUGCAGGCCGCGUCAUCUUUGACCACAACCAGAGCACGUUCCGUCUGGUAAACACUGUGGCCGACUUCACGCAGCAAUUGUCACAAUUGCAUGAGCAGUAUGCCGAGGAUCUUCAGCUUCUGGUCGAAGCCUUCCGAAAGCGCAAUAUCGAGCUCAAGAAGGAGAGACCGGCAUACACGAGCAGCCUGUUCAAUUGUUGGGAGAUCCUGCUGCAGGAGGUCGAGGUCGAUUCACAGGUGCACGGCGAUAUUGCACGUUCGCUCUCACAAAAUGUGGGCGUGAUAUUACUCGAGAAGACUUUCUUCCGGAAGAUACAGUCGCGAAAAAUUUUUCUCCACCGCGAGUCAUUCGAGACCAUUCUUACAAAAGCCGAAGAACUCUUAGCUAAGUGUCACGACAACUACAGUAUUGCCUAUGCUGCCUUUGCACAAAGUCGGAGUCCGCAGAAACUGGCGGAGUAUUAUGAUGCACACAACCUGUACGUGCAACAGUUGCAUGCCACUAAUGGCAUGAUCGAACAGUAUUAUAGCGUGACGCUGCCCAAGCUCCUCGAAGAACUUGAAGAAGUUUACUGCGACUUGAGCAACACCAUCUCGAGUUCGAUUCUAUCGGCAACAGAGCUUCUGGCCUGCAAAGUUCAAGAGCAGCAGGACCACUAUUCUGUAGUGGGCUCAGCGUGUCGCAACGUGAAUUCACGCGCGGAUCUAGCGAAUUUCGUGCGCACUCUUAGUGUCGAGCGAGGUGCAGGUCAACAUGUCCGACAUCAAUACCAAACGCCAAAGGAUUUACAUGAUACCGACCCUUCGCAGCCUCUUGACUCGUACCACACGCUGGGAGAUCAGGUGAUCGUGGACAGAUUGGCACAACUUCAAUUGCCCGCCCGCGCGGAGGCUCUUCGGAACGACCUGCACACGCUAGAUGUGCAGGUCCGCCAACUGCAGGAGGCGCUGGACUCAUUAUCAAGAUUGCAACAAAGAAGCAUCGAGUCGAAUCUGUUCAAUAAAGCGAACGAGCUUCAAGAGGAUAUGUGCCUGAAAAGGUUCGACCUACAGGUAGCCCAGAUACACCAGGCUGCAGUUAGGGCACAGCUGGAGCUCUUCCGUGGGAAGCUGGACGGUUUUCCUGCAUUAGAUUAUACGAUGGCUGGGCAGAAUGCGGCCAGCCAACACUCAAGCGCACAGGGGCAAACGACGCUGCGAAACCCGCAACAACAAGAUGCCAACAGUUUUCGAGAUGGACGCGUUGCCAGUGGGGUUGGAAGUGCAAAGUCUUCUAGCGCCGGGAAUACUGGAAGUGGUAGUAUAUAUGGCAGCCAGUUAGCUACGCUGCAGGCGGCCGCCGCUGCGUUCCAGCAGAACGCUAGCGGGGGCACCAUUAAAAACAAGUGGCUCAAAGCUUUCAGAAGCCUCAAGACAGGUGGAAAUAGUGGGGCCUCUGAUAAGCUUGAGAGCGGAAACGAUAAGAAGGCAAAAAUGACACCCUUUGAAAGCGGACAACAUAUAUUGCAGGAGUAUACAUACAAGAAGGUGGCUGCGUGUGACGUCUGCAGGGAGAUUUUACGGGGCCACGUACGGCAGGGCCUCAAGUGCAAGCUGUGUAAGAUUAACGUGCAUGCGGAGUGCCAAGACAAGGUACCUCGCUGUCAGCCGAAACCGAGGCUACUCAGGCGUCAAAGAAGUACAUCAGAAAUCGAGAGCAGGAUCGCCGUCCCCGUUGAUAAUGAAGACGAGAAGCUGGCGAUGAGCAACGGAGAAUGUGGACCUGGUAUUGGAAGCAUAGUAACGGGUGCCUUCGGGGGCUUCGGCCCCACGGGGGGUGCGAUAAGAGGCGUAGGCAGGGGCGGGGGGCUUAGCGUUGACCCCAUCUACCAAUUGCUUAAGCAGGCGGCAGAGGUCGGCAGCAGCGGUGCUGGCAGCAGCAGACUCAAAGAGGGCAACGCCAUGAGCUCCGGUUCGAAUCUUGGCCUGUUGCCAUCGGGUCAGCGAUCCGACAACUUACAAACACGCCGGCCACGUUCGAACGCCUCUUCCACAUCCUCUUCGUCGCAUAUGCUUACCGUGUCACCACAUGCGCCGCACCACUCCUCCUCUUCAGCCCUCGCCGACCGACGACGCCAAAUUGUCUCAGCCCCCCAUAGUCCUCAGAGGAAAAGGCUGAACCUUCGAAUGAAGUCCCUCUCGUUGGACUCACCUGACGCGAAUGGAGAUCCGCAGCACCGCCGAAGACAACAACACCCCAGCCAUCCAGGCCACCACGGGCCUCCAACGUCUCACGGCGGCUCACAUAGCCAGUCUCCUCAGAGUCCAGUGACGAAUCGGCGGCAAUUUCUGUCAGCGAAGACGGUUAGGAUGAGUUCCGUGGAUCUUCCCGACGACAACGAGAAGUCCCUCAGCAGUGCAUCCACUUCACCAUGCCCGUCACCGAAGGCCCACCGAUUACUACCGACAAAUAUAUACGUCGUUCUUUACGGCUUUCGAAGUCGACAGACGGACGAACUUGACCUCAAGCCGGGCGAUACGGUGACUGUAAUCGACACGUCAGAUCCAGACUGGUGGCAGGGAAAGUGCAUGGGCAAAGUGGGAUUUUUCCCUUCAAAGUACGUCGCAAAACUGCAUCCCGGCGAACGUGCGCUGCAAGUUGUGCACCCCAUUCAGGUGGCUGAGCAACCUGGCCUUGGAGGACCUGACAACCCUGGAGGCCCAGGAGGAUCUUCUGCCAAACUCGUGAGGGAUCAGUUGACGAAAUUUAGGGGACAAUAUAUAAUCUCGAUUCCAUUUUGAGCUGAGGAGUUAUGAUAUGCAAGGUAAUCGCUCCUAAAAGAUUUUUCUCAUUUAGUGCACAGCGGAUAAUGAUGACUUUGUUUGUCACUUUCAACUAAUAAGCCUACCCUAACAUUUCACAAGGUAUUCGUGGUUCUCAAUAGGUCACGGCUGAAAAAUGAAGCAGCGACCUUGAAGGUUGAUUUGCAUUUGCCAGCUGAGGGCAUGGUUAAUCCUAAUCUGGCUCAAAUUGUAAAAUUGAAUUUUAAUAAGUCAAAGCCGUGCCUCGAUCUACAGAAUUAGUUGUCCGAUUCGCUUGAAGGCACGACCUGAUAAAUGAACGAACACGAUUAUUUGCUGUCGCCCUGUUUCCCUAGUUUGUGGCAUUUUACUUUGGUCCUUCACAUAGAGGUUCCUUUAUCGAUAUUAUUUUACAAUGAAAUGUAUGGCAUCUGUCGAUACAUUUCAUUGUAACGGCUCUGAUUCUACAUUUUUACGUGUGUCUUAAAUGCGCCUAUUGUUCAAGCAAGCUACAAAUAGAGUAGGUUCCGUAUUGACACGUAAGGCUAAUCAGAUUUUAAUUUGAAGAGUGAAAUUCAAGCCGACCCACUUUUAGCUCUAUCCCCGUCCACUGGAUGGGUUGCGCGUGAAGGUUGUUCAAGUGUAUAGUAUCUUUUUUCUCUU